AUGCUGCUCCGGAUCGCGCACGACGACUUCGACCUCAUGGGGAGAGAGUCAACCGCAGGUAGAAGGAGCCAGCCUACCGUUGCUUGCCUGACCGACUGCUGCUUCAAAGGCUUGGACCUCUACGGGAUGGGCGCUAUUGGAGUUCAGCAUCAGAACAGUGAGAAGGAUUAUCAUACUUACGAGCCCGAGGCUUACAGGAGGCUCAGAGAGGGCCAGCUGGCCUACGAGGAGCAGGAGGCAUCACCAUCUGAAGAUACGACUCACGGAGUGCAGCAGGUUCUGAGCAAUAGAGUACAGCCAUUGUGCUUCCAGAAGUACCUCG